AUUGGAGUCUUUUAAUGCAAUAUUUACUAAAGUGGCAGAAAAGUAUGGGUUUAGUAUACUAACAAAAAUAAUGCAGAGAAUGAAAGAAGACUGCGUAAACCCAAAUGCAUUAACAAUCUUAAAUAACAUUUGGUUUAUGUGGUUAUGUCGUGCUUGUGCGAAUACAGAGUAUAAUCCCAUGAUUGUUAAUCUUAUUUAUACACACUUAGAUCCUAUACGUGUCUGUAAUAGAUAUAUAGCCCAAAAUGCUAUUUUAAUAAAAAAUAUGUCUAGAGAGGUUUUAUCUGCCCUAGAAAAAGAGAAAGAGUCACUUUGCAUUGAAAACAGCCCCGUGAGUAAAGAAAAGUAUGACAAGCUCACAAGUAUUUUCAAGCCCAGGCUUGACACUGAAAUGAGCGGAUUAAGUUUAUCUGAAAUGUCUUCUAGGAAAAGAAAUAUUCAUGGAAAUCCAGUAUAAUUUAUUAUUAUAUUGCUAUUAUAGAAUUUUAGGAUUUCUAUAUUGUAAGGAAAUAUUUUAGCCCCUGUCAUAUGAAUAAAGAGAAUAAGCC